CGCCCAUUUUUUCAGAACAUCUCAUGUCACUUGACAAUACUUUCAGAGUAUGAGAGUGACGGUAGAAAAAGAGAGAGAGAGAGAGAGAGAGGAAAAAUUGACAGACAGAGCGCAAGAACCAACAUGAGUGCGGGCUAAACAACGGGGAAACGCAGUUAAUGUCGCAUUACGGCGCAGGUUGCAUAAGAACGUGCAUCGUUUCGGCGUGUGUCCGUCCUGUCCUAAAAGAAGCUCGCGUCACGAGACAUGACGGAGACCAGCGACGAAGCCAGAAAACGGCGGGAAGAAUGCGAGAGGAAGGCCAGGCGGGGGGAGAUGGACCCCCGCUUGGAAUUCACCUUCCAACUCUUGAUGGACGCGACGCAGUUGAACCGACACGAGGUCAUGGACCAUGUCUUCGAUGGUGACAUGUUGGACGAGAUCAACCUACUGUUUGCAUCGCACAUGAGAUCCACUCUCGUCUGGUAUUACCAAGAAGUAGAAGAACCGGAUCCUCCGACCGACACGGUGCAACCGAAAACUGCGGCUUCCAGAUCAGCCCCGAACACCACGACAACGAAAGUGAAGGAGCAGAAGGAACUAAAGGAACCACCAAAGAAAAAGCUCUUCCUAACUGAUGGCUGGCAGGUGCCUUGCAUAGGCAUCUGCAUUUACAUGUUCAGAAUCAGCGUGUCGAAGCCGCUACCCGAGGAAGGCUUCCAGAAAGACCUCUACACAGGUGUGAUAGAUACGAUGAAGGUUGGCGUAAUAACUUCCAUCCAGCGAAUCGUGGAUCAAGUAUUCAUGGACGCGUUAGCGCAUCCUGGCCCGGAAGAUGAGGACGAUUGUACGAUGAUCAAGAGUCUCCUGCUGCCAGGCUUGCGAUCCUUUUGCAGCGCUCUUAAAGUUUGCGAAAAGGUAGCGCUCGAGAGUACCAUAUUCAGCGACGACGGGCCGAUGAUGACGGAAGUGCACAAUUUCGAAGAAGCGAAGAACUUCGUGGCGAAGGAGAACGCCGUGGAGCAAGUCGAAAAGAGAGUGAGACUCUGGAUAAAAAAGCUCAAGGACUUCAUGGCGGAGAGUAAGCAGGUGAAGAGAGAGAAUGAUUAUUCCGGGCCACAGCAAGAACUUGAAUAUUGGAAACGACGAGGCGCGCAAUUUAGUCAACUGGUCAACCGUUUGCAGGAUCACGAGGUCACCAUGUCACUCUUGUGCCUGCAAGUUGCACGCUCAAAGUUGAUCAAGGACUGGGUCGACGCGGAGGGCGAAGUAACUUAUUGCUACAACGAAGCGAAGGAUAACGCAAAGUUCAUCCAGGCGCUAGAAAAGUGCUGCCAUUGCCUCUAUCUCGACGAUCCUGUGAAAAUGCGAGAUUCGCUGGUGUCAUUACUACAGACUGUUCGACUCAUAUACAGCGUCUCGAGGUACUACAACACUUCGGAGAGGACAAGUUCUUUAAUGAUUAAGAUCACGAAUCAGAUGAUCGUCGCCUGUCGAGAUUACGUCACAAAAAGAGGUCGGGAAACGGUCUGGGGCCAAGAUCGAGUUGCCGCGCGUUCGCGACUGAAACAUUGCCUACGUCUAAACAAAGCCUACAGGGAAACGUACAGACUGGUUCGAUGUUCGCCGGCGGUGACGGAACAAGAAUUCUCCUUCUCGGAGACGCACGUUUUCGGCCGAUUCGACGCCUUUUGUGCCAGAAUUCGCAAGAUUCUCACCAUGUUCGAUCUCAUACAAGACUACCAAACUCUCUUCGAGAGACGAAUGGAGGGACUGCUUCUCGGAGAAGCGUUGGACGAGGCGAUGAAAACCUUCGAGGAAGCGAAGAAGAUCGCGACUAGCAAAUCCUACGACUACCUGGACCCGAGAAAUACCGACUUUGAUACGGACUACGAUAAUUUUAUGACGAAAACGGACACGUUGAAGGAGAGCAUCGGUGAGAUUAUUGAGAAGAAUUAUGCCGACGUGUGGGAGACGCCGCAGGGAAUACGAUUUUUAACGCGAUUCGAGAAGGUCAGCGAGAAAAUACCGCUCGCGAGAUUAGAGGAAAAGUACAACGUCGUCGUGAAAUAUUGCGACAGAGAGAUAGACCGGGUCCUAAAGCUAUUCAAACGGCAAAGGGACGACCCGCCGUUACCAAGACACAUGCCACCUAUAGCUGGACGAUUAACAUGGGCGAAUUCUUUGAAAGUGCAUCUGGACGAGUUGACGACGUCCGUGUCGAAUCAUCCUGUUCUGAAGACCUUGCCGCUGACUAACGACUUGAUCAAGAGAUACAAUCACGCCAUAGCGAUUCUUAAACAAUAUCAGAUCGACAUCGCCGAGAUCUGGACGCAUCAGAAUUCUUGGGUCAUUGAGGAUUGUUUGAAACGACCGUUGCUGAUAGUCGAUGAGAAAUCGGCGAAGGUGAAGGUAAAUCUGGAAAAUCGAGUCGUUCUCUUGUUCCGUGAAGCCGAUUGUCUGGCGAAGACCGGCUUAGAAAUCCCAAUCGUCGCACUGACGAUAUUGGCGAAGAGAGAUUACUUCACGUUGAUUACGGAUUCGCUUCAACUCAUGAUCGAGGAAUUCGUCUCUACCGCCAAACGCGUCAAGUUGGAAGUCCGACCGCUCUUAUUACCGCAUUUGGUUUGCGUUGCGUCUCUCUUGGAACCCGGCUUAACGGUCUUAACAUGGACUAAGCCAGAGUGGAAGAACUUUUGUCAAAACACAAAGGAACAGAUCAAGACCUUUGAUAUCCUGAUCACGAGAGUGCACGAUGUGUACGAUAACAGGAUCUUGCAAGUGUUGGAGAGCAUGCAGAAAGUAACUUUGCACGCUUUACCCGAGUCCGAACAGCCAUGGACGAUCGAGGAGUUCGUGGAGAAGAACGAAGAGAUAUGUAGAAUGGCUGCGGUGGAUUUGCAUCGCAAGAGCACGAUGGUCGAGGAAGCGGUAGAGGAGGUGUUGCAACUCGUUAGAAAGGCGAUAGAUAGCUUCAAAAGCAUCGCCAAUUCCCACCAGUUUGACUUUCUCAUCAACGAAGAAGCGGAAGGCGGGGAGACGGUGGAACAAACCGUUCAGCAGGAUUGGUCCGUUCUGUGGAACUGCUUCGAUGACCCCCAUCAGUUACUGACGACACCGGGCGCUUUACCCAAAGGCAUGCAGGAAAUGGUUCGGAACGCGGUGUCUGAGAUGAGGCGAUAUUAUUCCAGGAAGGUUGUGGACGUAUUAAUAAAAGUCACCAGGAUAUCUCUGGACGCGAUCAGAAAACGGUUUAUACGGGAACUCGAUUCGGAGACGUCACCGAAUCCGAUAUUUCUGUUGCACGCGACGCUGAUGAUUCCGACGGUGACGGUCAAGCCGAGCCUGGACGACGUUCAGGAAGCGUUGACGUCGGUUGGAAAGAUUAUCACGGGCGUUGCGAAAGGAGUGGCACAAUGGAACGUCAAAGGUAACAAGAAUAUGUGGAAAAGUUUGCCGUACCAAUCCAAGAGGAACUUGGUCGAUGUCAUGCUGCUGGCGCACAAUAACGUCAAGCAAGUGAAGCAAGAACCGGAAGACUCGAAAACCAGGAGACGUAGACUUUACAAGAUUCUUUCUGAGGAGAGACCCAUGUUUCCGGUCCAAGAAAUGAAUUUCUACGCGAUGGUCAUGGACAACAAGGAGAUCAUUAAAUUGCUCGGCAUGUUGAGCACUUGCACAAUGGAAUUACGGCAGGAUUUGACGGAAUUCCUCGAUCGCUGGAAGCCGUAUAAAUUUCUCUGGAAGAACGAGCGCAGCAUGCGAGAGUUACUGCAGAUCUCCCUGUCGGAAUUCGAAGCAACUCUUCGUAAGCACAGCGAACUCGAAGAUCGACUGGCCACCGAACCAGAUAUGAUCAUAUUCGGCACAUCGAUCGCCGUGUCGACGGAGAAGUUGAAGUACGGUCUCUACACAGAGAUCAAAGGUUGCACGCACAAGAUCGGGCAAGCGAUGAAGAAGAAGUAUCGUCGCGAAAUGGAGUACGUUUACGCGCUGAUGAACGAGAUGGACCGCAAGCUAGACCACCAGAUCCGCGAUCUGGACGACGUGCGUCUAAUUAUGGAUACCUUGAAGAAGAUUCGCGACCAGGAGGUCGACAUGGAGCUGAAAAUCGAUCCCAUCGAGGAGGCCUUCAACAUAGUCACCAGAUACGAAGUACCCGUUGACCAGGAGUGCUUAGAGCAGGUCGACAACCUAAGGGACACUUGGCAGAAUCUACUGGCCCGGGCACACGAAAACCACGUGUUGCUGUUAACGCUGCAGCCGCAGUUCCAGGACGAUUUGCGAAACAAUCUCGAGAAAUUCCGCUCGGACAACGAGAUGUACUGCGAGGAAUACAGAUCGUCGGGACCGAUGCAGCCGGGCUUGAGUCCGCGAGAUGCCUCCGACAGGCAAAUACUGUUCCAAAACAGAUUCGACGGUAUGUGGCGGAAGUUGCAGACCUACCAGAGCGGCGAGGAGCUCUUCGGCCUAGCUAUCACAGACUAUCCGGAGCUUUCGCAGAUCCGCAAGGAACUGAAUUUGCUACAAAAAUUGUACAAAUUGUACAACGACGUCAUCGACAGAGUCAGCAGCUAUUACGACAUUCCAUGGGGCGAGGUCAAUAUCGAGGAGAUCAACAAUGAGCUGAUGGAGUUCCAAAAUCGUUGUCGCAAAUUGCCGAAAGGAUUGAAAGAAUGGCCGGCGUUCUUCGCGCUCAAGAAGACGAUCGACGACUUCAACGACAUGUGCCCCCUCCUCGAAUUGAUGGCGAACAAGGCCAUGAAGCCGCGCCAUUGGCAGAGGAUCGUGGAGGUCACAGGAUAUACGUUCGAUCUCGAGAGUGAGGGCUUCUGUCUGAAAAACAUCCUCGAGGCGCCGUUGUUGAAGAACAAAGAGGACAUUGAAGACAUUUGCAUAUCGGCCAUGAAGGAGAAGGAUAUCGAAGCCAAACUGAGAACGGUCGUGAACGAGUGGUCCUCUCACGAGUUGACGUUCAUGACGUUCAACAAUCGCGGUGAAUUGUUGCUGAGGGGAGACACAACCGCGGAGACGAUCGGUCAGUUAGAAGACAGUCUGAUGGUGCUCGGCUCGCUGAUGUCGAAUCGCUACAACGCACCCUUCAGGAAGCAGAUACAGCAGUGGCUCACGGACUUGUCGAAUACAAACGAGAUACUCGAAAGGUGGCUGCUCGUGCAGAACAUGUGGGUCUACCUCGAGGCGGUAUUCGUGGGCGGCGAUAUCGCGAAGCAAUUGCCAAAGGAGGCCAAAAGAUUCAGCAAGAUCGACAAAAGCUGGCAAAAGAUCAUGCAGCGCGCCCACGAGACACCCGGUGUUGUGCCUUGCUGCGUGGGCGACGACCUGUUGAAACAGCUUUUGCCGCACUUACAAGAGCAACUGGAGUUGUGUCAAAAGUCCCUCAGUGGCUAUUUGGAAAAGAAACGCAUGAUGUUCCCGAGAUUCUUCUUCGUUUCCGACCCUGCACUCUUGGAGAUACUUGGUCAAGCGUCUGACUCUCAUACUAUACAGAAUCACCUGCUUUCUAUCUUCGAUAACACUCGCUAUGUAAAAUUCCACGACAUCGAAUACAAUAAGAUGACAGCCAUCGUUUCAUCGGAAGGCGAGACGAUCCUGCUUGAGAGAGCAGUGCGAGCGGAAGGCUCCGUAGAAACGUGGCUGAUGCAGUUGCUGCAAACGUCACAGCUCUCCUUGCAUUCUAUCAUCCGACAAUGCUACACCAUGAUCAACGACGCGAAUUUCAAUCUGCUGACAUUUCUCGACAAGAUGCCCGCUCAGAUAGGGUUGCUAGGCAUCCAAAUGAUUUGGACACGCGACGGCGAACUUGCCUUGGCUCAAGCUCGCGCGGACAAGAAGAUCAUGGUAGAAACGAACAACAAAUUCCUCGAUCUUUUAAACACCUUGAUCGAUCAAACCACGAGGGAUCUCAUGAAGAUAGAGCGAACGAAAUUCGAAACCUUGAUUACUAUACACGUGCAUCAGCGUGACAUCUUCGACAUUUUGUGUCGUUUGAACGUGCGAUCUGUGAACGACUUCGAGUGGUUGAAGCAGUGCAGAUUUUAUUUCAAGGAAGACCUGGACAAGACCUCGAUAUGUAUCACGGACGUUCUUUUCACUUAUCAGAAUGAAUACUUAGGAUGUACCGAGCGGCUGGUUAUUACACCAUUAACCGACAGGUGUUACAUAACUCUAGCGCAAGCUCUAUCGAUGUCAAUGGGAGGAUCCCCCUGCGGUCCGGCAGGAACCGGGAAAACCGAAACCGUAAAGGACAUGGGGAAGACCCUAGCCAAGUAUGUCGUAGUCUUCAAUUGCUCCGAUCAAAUGGAUUAUCGAGGAUUAGGUCGUAUCUACAAAGGACUGGCGCAGAGCGGUUCGUGGGGUUGCUUCGACGAAUUCAAUCGAAUCGAAUUGCCAGUCUUAUCCGUUGCCGCGCAACAAGUCGCCGUGGUGCUCGCCGCGAAGAAGGAGAAGAAGAAACAAUUUGUUUUCACGGACGGUGAUCAGAUCGAUAUGUGUCCGGAGUUUGGAAUAUUUAUUACCAUGAAUCCGGGAUAUGCAGGACGGAAAGAACUGCCGGAAAACUUGAAAAUACAAUUUCGCACAGUGGCUAUGAUGGUACCCGAUCGGCAGAUCAUCAUACGCGUGAAACUUGCGAGCUGUGGCUUUCUCGAGAACAUCACUCUCGCUCGAAAAUUCUACACUCUGUACAAAUUGUGUGAGGAGCAACUCACGAAACAGGUUCAUUACGAUUUUGGUCUGCGAAACAUAUUGUCUGUAUUGAGGACUUUAGGAGCAGCCAAGAGAGUAAACUCCAAGGAUUCGGAGAGCACGAUAGUCAUGCGCGUUCUACGGGAUAUGAAUCUCUCGAAACUUAUAGACGAGGACGAGCCACUCUUCAUGUCUCUCGUAGCCGAUCUCUUCCCUAAUCAAGUCUUGGAGAAAACGUCAUACCCGGAAUUAGAGGCGGCCAUUAAUGAACAAGUCGAGCAAGAUGGAUUGGUUUAUCAUUCACCGUGGGUGCUGAAGUUAAUACAGCUUUAUGAAACGCAACGUGUGAGGCACGGCAUCAUGACAUUAGGUCCGACCGGUGCGGGCAAGACGACUUGCAUACAUACCUUGAUGAAAGCAUUAACGCAAUGUGGCGACUCGCACAGGGAAAUGAGAAUGAAUCCUAAGAGUAUAACAGCCGCCCAGAUGUUCGGCCGUUUGGACGUAGCCACCAAUGACUGGACGGAUGGGAUUUUCUCGGCUCUAUGGCGCAAAACACUUAAAUUAAAGAAAGGCGAGCACGUGUGGCUGGUGCUCGAUGGUCCUGUUGAUAGUAUCUGGAUAGAAAAUUUAAAUUCCGUAUUGGACGAUAACAAAACCUUGACUUUGGCUAAUGGCGACAGACUAUCAAUGGCACCGACGUGCAAAAUCAUCUUCGAGCCGCACAACAUCGAUAAUGCAAGUCCUGCGACUGUUUCCCGAAACGGCAUGGUGUAUAUGAGCUCUUCAGGAUUGGACUGGGAUCCAGUUGUCACCGCUUGGCUGAAGACACGAUCGACGUUGGAACAAGAAGUUCUCGAUCAAUUGUUCGCGGAUUCAUUCGCUCAGGUCUACUCAUGGAGCACUCAAACGCUGACACUCGUCAUCGACGUCUUGCAAUGCAACAUAGUGAAACAAAUGCUAUGCUUGCUGGAAGGUCUGAUACCAGUAGAGACAACAUCAGAGGAAGCUGAGGACGAAGAAACAGAGAAAGACAAGCCCCAUCCGGUAACGGCAGAAUAUCUGAGACGCCUUUACGUGUUCGCGUUAGUGUGGAGCAUAGGGGCGUUGCUAGAAACCGCCGACAGAUUGAAGUACGACAAGUAUCUUCGUGAGAAUUUCGACACCUUGGAUCUUCCAACUUCCGACAGGUAUUUGGACGCUACGGUAUUCGAUUUCUUCGUCACGGAUAAGGGCGUAUGGGACACUUGGACGAGCAUGGUGACCAAUUACAUCUAUCCCGAGUACUCAACACCCGACUACAGCAACGUUUUGGUGCCCAUACCGGAUAACGUGAGAAUCCAAUACCUAAUCGACCUUAUCGGCCGUCAAGACAAGGCUGUACUAUUGAUAGGCGAGCAGGGAUCCGCCAAGACCAUCAUGAUGAAGUCAUACAUGAAGAAAGCGAAUCCGGACACGACUCUGAGUCGUUCCUUCAAUUUCAGCUCGGCCACGAGCCCAUAUCAAUUUCAAAAGACCAUCGAGAGCUACGUGGAGAAACGUCUGGGAAAUACAUUCGGGCCACCGGGUGGCAAAAAGAUGUUGAUCUUUGUAGACGACGUGAAUCUGCCGCAAAUCAAUGAAUGGGGUGAUCAGAUAACCAACGAGAUCGUUCGGCAAACGAUGGACAUGAAAGGGUUCUACUCCUUGGAGAAGCCUGGUGAUUUCAUCGUUAUCAUCGACGUGACUUUUUUAGCGGCCAUGUGUCAACCUGGCGGUGGCAGAAACGACAUUCCCUCGAGACUCAAGAGGCAGUUUAGCAUCUUCAAUUGCACAUUGCCUGACAACACGUCGAUCGACCGGAUAUUUAGCGUUCUGGGAGAAGGACAUUACAAUGUCAAGAGAGGGUUCUCGCAGGAAGUGCGCCAGCUCGUGAAGAAAAUGGUACCCUUGACGCGAAUACUCUGGGAAAGGACGCGAUCGAAGUUGCUGCCGACGCCGGCGAAAUUCCAUUAUGUGUUUAGUCUUCGGGAUCUCUCGAGGAUCUGGCAAGGAAUGGUCGGCACGUUGUCGACAGUCAUCGACAAGGAAAGCGUACUGAUGUUGCUCUGGAAACACGAGUGCACGCGGGUGUUCAGCGACAGAUUUACGUUACAGAGCGACAAGGACUGGUUUCACGCGGAGGUAGUUCGCGUCGUGGGCGAGAUUUUAGGAGGGAAACACGUGGGAAUGUUGAAUCGAGAACCUGCGUUUGUCGAUUUCAUGAGAGAUGCUCCGGAACCGACUGGUGAAGAAGGUGAAGACGCGGAUGUAGAGCUUCCCAAAGUAUACGAACCUGUUUACGAGGAGCAGGUAUUACGAGAUCGAUUGGACAUGUUUCUCGUGCAGUUCAAUGAAAUGCAAAGAGGCGCCGGAAUGGACUUAGUAUUCUUCCCUGACGCAAUGCUACACUUGGUGAAGAUAUCCCGAGUCAUUCGGCAUCCGAAAGGCAACGUGAUGCUAGUAGGCGUUGGCGGCUCUGGCAAGCAAAGUCUUACGAAGCUAUCCUCUUUCAUCGCCGGAUAUAAGACAUUCCAAAUCACUCUAACUAGAUCGUACAACGUGGCCAAUUUCUUAGAGGAUCUCAGAUUUCUAUAUCGCACCUGCGGUGUUCAGGCUAAGGGUACGACAUUUAUUUUCACCGAUCUCGACAUCAAGGAAGAAGGUUUCCUCGAAUAUCUGAACAAUAUCCUGAGUUCUGGAGUGAUCAGUAACUUAUUCACACGCGACGAGCAAGCGGAGAUCAUUUCGGAAUUGACACCGAUCUUGAGACGAGAAAAUCCCAAGAGAACUCUCAAUAACGAGCUAGUAAUGGACUUCUUUCUGCAAAGGACCUGUCAGAACCUACAUGUCGUAUUCUGCUUCUCGCCCGUCGGCGAGAAAUUCCGGAAUCGCGCGCAGCGAUUCCCCGCGCUCAUUUCAGGCUGCACCAUAGAUUGGUUUCAACCUUGGCCCAAGGACGCUCUAAUCCUGGUCGCCAAGCAUUUCCUUCACGACUUCGAAAUCGCCUGCGCCAACGAGGUGAAGGUUGAAUUGGUGAACGCAUUGGGCUCCAUACAGGACAUCGUUUCAAUAACCUCGGUCGAAUACUUCCAACGAUUUCGGCGCGCCACUCACGUGACUCCGAAGUCUUAUUUGAAUUUCAUCGGCGGUUAUAAGAACAUCUAUCGAUCCAAGCAACACGAACUCGGCGAAGGAGCCAAGAGAAUGGAUACAGGUUUAGCGAAGCUCGAAGAAGCCUCGAUAUCGGUCGAGAUCUUGAAGAGAGACCUAGCCGUGAUGGAACAAGAGUUGGUCCAAGCUUCUGAGAAAGCCGAGAAGGUACUUCUGGAGGUAACGGAGAGAGCUACGCAAGCCGAGGCUUUCAAGAAUCAAGUGCAAAGAGUAAAGGAAAAAGCGGAACAAUUGGUAGCCUGCAUAGCCGACGAGAAGGCGUUGGCCGAGCAGAAGUUAGAAGCCGCGAAACCGGCGUUAGAAGAAGCGGAAGCCGCCUUGAACACUAUCAAACCCGCUCACAUAGCGACAGUGAGGAAGUUGGGCAGACCGCCGCAUCUCAUCAUGAGAAUCAUGGACUGCGUAUUGAUUUUAUUUCAACGUAAGAUCGGCUCGGUAGUACCCGAUGUCGCCGCGUCGUGUCCCAAACCCUCGUGGGCAGAAUCCCUGAAGCUCAUGGCCAGUACGACGUUCCUCUUGCAAUUGCAAAAUUAUCCAAAGGACAUAAUCAACAACGAAAUGGUCGAGCUAUUGCAACCUUACUUUAAGAUGGAGGACUACAACAUGGAAACGGCGAGGCGAGUGUGCGGCGACGUCGCUGGUUUGCUAUCAUGGACCAAGGCGAUGGCAUUCUUUCACAGUGUCAACAAGGAAGUACUGCCGCUGAAGGCGAAUUUGGCACUGCAGGAAGCACGAUUAAAGCUCGCGAUGGAGGACUUGGCAAACGCUGAGAGAGAAUUGUCCGAGAGGGAAAUGGCUUUGCAAUCUGUCAAAGAGCAAUACGACAGCGCGGUGGCGGAGAAACAAAGAUUGACGGAGGCUGCGAACGUGUGCCUGAGGAAGAUGACGGCUGCGACUGCUCUGAUCAAUGGUCUAGGCGGCGAAAAGAUUCGCUGGACCGAGCAAAGCGGAGAAUUCAAGAUCCAACUAGGACGACUAGUCGGAGACGUUCUAUUAGCGACCGGAUUCUUGUCAUACUGUGGACCUUACAACCAACAAUACCGAGCCAGCUUAGUGACUGAAUGGAUGAAUAUAUUGACCGCGAAAUCUAUACCAUUCACAAAGAAUCUAAAUAUAACUAACAUGCUAGUCGACAGCGCGACCAUGUCGGAAUGGACUCUUCAAGGACUGCCGAACGACGAGUUGUCCGUGCAGAACGCGCUUAUCGUCACCAAGUCUUCGUCUUAUCCGCUUCUCGUGGACCCUCAGAAUCAGGGAAAGAUGUGGAUCAAGAAUAAAGAGAGCUCGAACGAGUUGCAGAUCACCUCGCUAAAUCACAAGUACUUCCGCACUCACCUCGAGGACAGUCUCUCGUUGGGCAGACCGCUGCUGAUCGAGGACGUGGCGGAGGAACUCGAUCCAGUGCUGGAUAACGUGCUCGAGAAGAAUUUUAUCAAGUCAGGCUCCAUUGAGAAGGUUAUCGUUGGAGAUAAGGAGUGCGACGUAAUGCCGGGAUUCAUGCUGUACAUCACCACCAAACUCCCGAAUCCUGCGUACAGCCCAGAGAUCUCCGCGAAAACGUCGAUCAUCGACUUCACGGUGACAAUGCUAGGUUUGGAAGAUCAACUAUUAGGUCGGGUAAUACUCAUGGAAAAAGCUGACUUGGAAGCGGAAAGGGUUGCCCUGUUCGAGUCAGUCAUGACCAACCAGCGUUCGAUGAAGGAGCUCGAGAGCACGUUGCUGCAUAGACUCACGUCCUCGGAAGGCUCUCUGGUAGACGACGAGGCGCUGAUAACCGUCCUCCGAGAAACCAAGACCACGGCCGAGUCGGUGAACGAGAAACUGCAGGUAUCUGCCCUUACUGAAAAGAAGAUCACUUUGGCACGCGAGGAGUUCCGCGCGGUCGCGUCGAGAGGAUCUAUCUUGUACUUUCUGAUAGUCGAGAUGAGCAACGUCAAUGUAAUGUACCAGAACUCGUUGCGGCAAUUCCUGACGAUCUUUGACAACUCGAUCACCAAGUCCACGAAGAGCCCUAUCACUCACGAGCGUAUCAACAUAAUUUUACGUCACCUCACAUACGAAGUUUGGGCAUUCACUCUCAGGAGCCUCUACGAGCGACACAAAUCGCUGUUUACGCUGAUGCUUGGUAUGAAGAUAGACUGCUAUAAGGGCACCAUCUCCCACGCGGAAUUCAACGCCUUCAUCAAAGGCGGCGCAUCCUUGGAUCUCAACGCGGUGACGCCGAAACCGUUCAAGUGGAUACUCGACAUAACAUGGCUGAAUUUAGUCGAGAUAAGCCGACUCGAGGUGUUUUGCGAUAUCCUGACAAAAAUCGAAUUCAGCGAGAGGGAAUGGAGAAUGUGGUACGAGAAAGAAAAGCCAGAGGAAGAAGAGUUGCCGUGUGGCUAUCAGAAGAGUCUCGAUGUGUUCCGUAAGUUGCUGCUCAUCAGAUCAUGGAGCCCCGACAGAACUUUGUCACAGGCGAGAAAAUACAUCACCGAGUCGUUAGGCAAAGAGUACGGAGAGGCUAAAAUAUUAGAUUUAGAGGCGACAUGGCUAGAGUCCGAGACCAGAACGCCGCUGAUAUGCCUGUUAUCUAUAGGUUCUGAUCCGAGCCCGCAGAUUACAGCGUUAGCUAAGCAAAAAACGAUCUCGUUAAACUCAGUGUCCAUGGGACAAGGCCAAGAGUUUCAUGCACGCAGAAUGAUCAACGAGGCCAUGAACACGGGCGGCUGGGUUCUUCUGCAAAAUAUCCAUCUAUCUUUGCCGUUCUGUACAGAGGUGAUGGAUGCUCUCGUCGAAACGGAGACUGUACACGAGGCGUUCAGACUCUGGAUGACCACCGAAGUGCACCUUCAGUUUCCCAUCGGCUUGCUACAGAUAGCGAUUAAGUUUACGAACGAACCACCCCAAGGCAUAAGAGCUAGCUUAAAGAGAACUUAUCAAGAAGUGACUCAAGACACCCUGGAUUACAGCACGCAAUCCCAAUGGCCACCUUUGUUAUACGCUGUCGCGUUUCUGCACACGGUGGUGCAAGAGAGAAGGAAAUUCGGACCGCUCGGCUGGAAUAUACCCUAUGAGUUCAACCAGGCGGAUUUUGCGGCGUCAAUUCAGUUUAUACAGAAUCAUCUAGACGAUAUGGAUCCUAAGAAGGGUGUUUCCUGGCCGACUGUCUGCUAUAUGCUCGGCGAGGUUCAAUACGGCGGCAGGGUCACGGACGAUUUCGACAAGCGUUUACUGACGACUUUCACACACGUCUGGUUCUGCGACGUAUUAUUACGACCGGGUUUCGAGUUCUAUCGGGGAUAUAGGGUACCUCAGACGAGAAAUCUUCAGGGAUACGUAGACUACAUCGACAGUUUACCCGCCACCGACACUCCGGAAGUUUUCGGCUUGCAUCCAAACGCUGAUAUCACUUACCAGAUCAACACAGCGAAGGGUAUUCUCGAUACGAUUCUCAGCGUACAGCCGAAAGAGGGUGGCGCACAGGGUGGUGAAACCAGAGAGAACGUCGUGUAUAAAUUAGCCGACGACAUGCUGUCCAAGCUACCUAAGCAAUACAACUCGUUCGAGGUGAAGGAAGCUCUUCAGAGGAUGGGGCCGUUACUGCCGAUGAACAUAUUUCUGAGACAAGAAAUAGACCGGAUUUCGAGAGUACUCAAAGAAGUACGAAGUACUUUGACGGACUUGAAACUAGCGAUCGAGGGUACUAUCGUGAUGAGUCAAGGCUUGCGAAAAUCACUCGAUUCAAUGUACGACGCGCGUAUCCCGGACAAAUGGUUGAAGAUAUCUUGGGAGUCAGCCACUUUAGGUUUCUGGUACACGGAGCUUCUGGAAAGAGACUAUCAGUUCAGACAGUGGUGCAAUCACGGACGUCCAAGAGUUUUCUGGAUGACUGGAUUUUUUAAUCCACAAGGAUUUUUAACGGCAAUGAGACAGGAAGUGACCAGGGCGCACAAGGGUUGGGCUUUGGAUUCUGUAGUCCUGCAAAAUGUGAUAACGCGUUAUAACAAAGAGGAUAUUAAAAAUCAACCACAAGAAGGAGUUUACGUUCACGGCUUGUUUCUCGAGGGUGCAUCGCUCGACCGAAAAGCAGGCAAACUCGUCGAGAGCAGGCCGAAAGUCCUCUACGAACAAAUGCCAGUUAUUUACAUCUUCGCGAUAAAUACCACCGCCGGCAAAGAUCCGAAAUUGUACGAAUGCCCUAUAUAUAGAAAACCUCAGAGAACCGACUCAAAAUACGUGGGUUCUAUCGAUUUCGAGACAGAUCACAAUCCUCGGCACUGGACACUCCGAGGUGUAGCCCUGUUAUGUGAUAUUAAGUAAGAUGGAUAGGUAGAGACACUUGUGUAAAUUUAUUAUCUAUACUUUUUGAACAUAAUAAAAUGACAAAUAAGAGAAAAGAGCAUAUAUAUAAGUACAGAAUAUGUAAAUAGAUAUAUAGUAUAGACAAAUAUUUAAAUGUGUGUACAUAUAUAUAUACAGAACAUAGCGAAAGUACAUUAAUUAAACUCUUCUAGCCAAAGAUAUUUUCCACGGUUAGUUAUACGAUUUUGAUUUCAAGAUAUCAAUAACAGAAUUAUGUGGUCAUUAAAGGUAACUUCGUAAAUAUAUUAUAUAUAUAUAUAUAUAUAUAUAUAUAUAUAUAUAUAUAUAUA